AUGGGUGCAUACCCGCACAUCCAGGAGCUAUGGAGAAAGAAGCAGUCUCAUGUCAUGCGCUUUCUUCUGAGAGUCAGCUGCUGGCAGUACUGCCAGCUCUCUGCUCUCCACAGGGCUCCCCGCCCCACGCAGCCUGAUAAAGUGCGCCGACCAGGCUGCAAGGCCAAGCAAGGUUACGUUAUAUGUAGGAUUCAUGUUCACCGUGGUGGCCGAAAACGCCCAGUUCCUAAGGGUGCAACUAAUGGCAAGCCUGUUCUUCAUGGUGUUAAUCAGCUAAAGUUUGCCUGAAGCCUUCAGUCCGUUGCAGAGGAGUGAGCUGGAUGCCACUGUGGGGCUCUUAGAGUCCUGAAUUCUUUUUGGGUUGGUGAAGAUUACACAUACAAAUUUUUUGAGGUUAUCCUCAUUGAUCCAUUCCAUAAAGCUAUCAGAAGAAAUCCUGACACCCAAUGGAUCACCAAAGCAGUCUAUAAGCACAGGGAGAUGCGUGGGCUGACAUCUACAGGCCGAAAGAGCCAUGGGCUUGGAAAGGACCAUAUGUUCCACCAUGCUAUUGGUGGUUCUUGCCGGGCAGCUUAG